AAGAUAAUUAUUUUCUAUUAUCAUGUUUAAGGUUAGAAGCUCACAUACUGUGGCAAUAUGCAUUUCUUUUGUAAUUUGUAGUUUAUAUAUAUACAAUAAGUUAUUAAAUUCUUUGGAGGAACCUAUAAAAUCCCAUACCAUUUUACUACAAAGAAUAAUUGAGAACCAAAUGACUUUUCAGAAUAGAAUAGAUGAUUUAAUAGAUUUUUGUGAAGAUGAGCUGAUGAGAAUUAAACAAUUUGAAUAUAACAAUUUUUCAUACUGGACAAACUAUGUUAUUAAUUCGACAGAGGAAACCUAUUUUCAGUGGAUCUCUGGAAGAGAUUCAAUUGCUACAAUUGUUGUAUGGAGGAAUCAAGUUAAUUUUACUCUAAGGAGUGAUUAUUAUAAUUACAUAUCCAAUAACUGUGAUAUUCUAACGAAUGAUAUAUACGGAGGAACUUUUGGAGUGGAUAAUUACAAUUUAACGUGCUUCACUAAUGAAUUUAGUGCAUUUAAGAACAAAAAAACUUUAAGCAAUUCUGUUUUCAAGAUAGGAUUACCGCAAAAUUCUGUAAAAUAUCUCAGACGUGUAUGGAAUAGAAGCGACAACGACUUUCCAUUAAGUUACAUUCAUAUAGCACAUAAUGCUUUUGUUAAUAUAGACGGUGAUGUUUGGAAGGAUGACUAUAAAAUCUUAACGCAAAGAUGCUUCCAAUCAGGCCACAAUUUGAGGAUUCCGUUACUGACAUAUUUUUUCUUUGCUAGAAGUUAUGAUAGAGUAUUUGUGCUAACUCAAAAAUCUUCGGAUGCCUACUUUCACUUUACAGUGGAAAAUCUGCCAAGAUUAAUGCCAUAUUAUAAAUGGUUAUUGAAAAAAGAAUCUAUAAAAAUACUACUGGCUAAACCAAAGUAUGAAAAAUACUUUCAAGAGGUCGUUUCAGCUUUAAAAAUACCCAAAAGUAGGAUUAUACAUGAUGAAUAUAUAAAAGCAAGAAUUCUAUAUUAUCCUGCAGGAGGAACUUGCGGUAGAUCACCAAUUUACGGAACUCAAUUACUAGCUAAUUAUUUCAAUAAUUCCAAUAAUCAAGAGAAUAAGACAAGAAUAAUUAUUCUGAUGAAACGAUCGUCGCCUACAAGACAAUGGUUAAGGCAUAAAUAUAUUCUUCAAAUGGUUGAAAGAAUCGCUAAAGAACAUUUACUAGAAGUAAUGGAAUUUUCUGAUAAUCCAGCUCCGUCUUUUACAGAGACUGUUGAGUAUUUUUCUAGGGCAAAGCUGAUUCUAGGUCCGCACGGAGCAGGUUUAUCGAAUAUCAUUUGGGCAUCUAAAGAUGCUAUAAUUAUUGAAGGUCUAUGCAAAAUCACUCCUCAACAAUCCAAUUUAUGUUAUAGAAAUUUGGCAGCCGUUUUGGGGCUGAGAUGGUACGGGAUUUCUGAUGGCUGUUUGAAUUUGAAAGAAGAGGUUCUUGAGCCAAUUAUUAGAGAGUCUCUGAAGUUUACGUGAUAGGUUAGCGUCGUCAUAGAAAAGGCGAUAUGACGAGUAUUGUCCAAUUAUGAAUGACAUAUUAUUGUUUAAAAGUACCUAGUCAUAUAAAACGUAUGUUAUGUAUACAGAAUAAAUGCCACAUAUGUGUUUACUUCAGGGACCAUUCAUUCUCUUAAACAUUUUCAUUUGUGAUUUUUUAGUGCAAAAAGAAAAAAUAGAUUAGUGCCUAGACUGAGUAAAGGUCAUCUAGGACACAGUCCUCUGUCUUUCUCCACCCCCUCCCCCUAGUCUCUUUCUCUCUCACUCUUUAUAUACAUAUAUAUAUGUAUAUAUAUCUUAUAACCACUCGUCGCUCAACCACCCCCUUUUCUACCUAGAUUCUCUCUCCUAUUCAUAAACUCUUAUUUCUACUUAAAUUUAAGGAAAAUUAAAAUGAUUAAUGAUUUUU